ACAGAGUACAAUUUGUUAAAAUGGAGCAUGAUAUAAAUGAAAGUGCAGCUGUAGCGGAUGAGUCAGCGCAGCCCGCAACAGAGAUUAGCCUUAGCAGUUGUCCGGGUGUUACAGCUGGAACACCUUUAAGCAAAAACCAACUGAAAAAGCAACGAAAACAUGCAGAACAAGUGGAGUUGCGCAAAUUACGCCGGCACAAGGAGCGAGAGCGUCGUAAGCAGAAGCGUCAAGAGGCCAAGGCGCAGGGACUGCCAUUAAAUACAGGUCCUUCACGCAAGGAGCUGAAACGCCGCCAGCUGCAAGUUGCCGGCAAUCAGGAAAAUGCCAUAAGUGUUGCUAUUGACUUGAAUUAUGAUGAACUUAUGCAGGAACGGGACAUAGCCAAGUGUGUAAAGCAAUGUCUACGCAUUUAUACAAUAAAUCGACGUGCCGAACAACCAGUCAAGUUGCACUUUACAGGCAUCAAACGUAAUGGAAACAUUCACGAUUGUUUUAAAAAGAACGAUGGCUGGGAGAAUUGGCAUGUGGAUUACCAUUUUGACAGCACACAUUUGGAGCUGUUUGAUAAGCAGAAGCUCGUCUACCUCACCUGUGAAUCGGAUAUAGUGUUGCAGCAGCUAAGCCCAGGUUACACAUAUGUGAUUGGUGGCUUGGUAGACCAUAAUCAUUUUAAAGGCUUGUGUCAUCAGCGCGCCACUGAAGCGGGUAUCCAAACGGCACGCUUGCCUCUCAGCGAGCACGUAGAUAUGAAAACACGAUCCGUACUGAGUACUUUUCAUGUUUUUGAGCUUUUAACACGCGUGGCGGCUGGACAGGAUUGGACGCAGGCCAUUUUGGGCACAAUACCUCCACGUAAAGGCGCCAAAGCAAAGAAUGACAAUGCUAAAGCAGAUUCCGAUUCACCGGAAGAGAAGCCGGAGGAGACACCAGAGCAUGGAGCAGUGGCAAAUGGGGACGAAAAUGAAAGUUGA